CCACCUUCCAGAACUAAAACUCUUCGCGGUGUGUGUCAUCAUGGGCUACGAACUCCUUCGACAGCAUCCAGCGCUCGGUGGUGUCGCAGCCUGCGGGUCGCUCAUGCUUCUCACUGCCAUCCUACAUCCGUCGUGGGUCGCAGUCGUGCGUGCAAGCGACGACGCAUCGCCAUGGCAGGUCACGAUGGGUCCCGUUGGGUUGUACAUACACGAAUCAUCAUUGAUGCAGUCGUUGUUUCCUGCAUUCAACCGCACGACCAUGACCAGUGAAACCUGGGGCGGGUUUUGUGCGCAAGGCAACCACGCAGCGGACGUGCGUUUCGCUGGCAUUUGCGGCACGACACUCACAGCCGUCCAGUGCCUUCUUGUCGUCGCGGCUUUGCUUUGCUUCGCCGCGCAAGUAGCAUUGUGGCAAUCCAGAGUCAAGUGCCGUGUACUCGUGGGAGCGUCUGCGCUGUUUUCAGCGCUGGCAGUGACCACCGUAGGCGUGCUCCGGUUGUGGCUCAAUGUGCUGGGCGACUUUGCCUUGGCCUUGUCCAGCAUGGCAGAAGCAGGUGUUUCCGACGACCCAUGUACGACAGAUGGGAUACGGUUCCACGUUGUCACAGACAGGACCGAUUAGUGGGCAACGAGAAGAAUGCUGUGGAGUCUGUGACAGCCAUGUGCAUCUCACACGGCGCCAGGUGCUUGGACAUGACGUUGUCGUUGUAUUGCCUUGUGGGUUCGUCGGUCGCUUUCAUCACGGUCGCGUUCGCAUUUGUCCUCGUUGCGAUCCGAAGCUUGCAGCGACGGAAAUCAUGCAAGCAGUACUUGUAUGAAGAGAUCACCUAAAUCCACACAACACCACAAUGCUAAUUCGAUCAUUGUCUUUUCCAUGCGUGAACUGCAAGUCCCCGGUGAGAUUCAUGAACUUCCCCAUCGGUUAUAACAUUUGGCGCCAAAAUGUAGUUCUGUAGUAGCUGUACUACAGUACAGUACUAUAAUAGGAC